CGGGGCCGGGCCUCGGAGCCGGGGCUCGCGGGCGGCCGGCGGGGGCGUCACUGUGCGGCGGGCCGGUGAGGCCGCGGCAUGGGGCGAGUGCAGCUCUUCGAGAUCAGCCUGAGCCACGGCCGCGUUGUCUACAGCCCCGGGGAGCCGCUGGCUGGGACCGUGCGCGUGCGCCUGGGGGCGCCGCUGCCGUUCCGAGCCAUCCGGGUGACCUGCACAGGUUCCUGCGGGGUCUCCAACAAGGCUAACGACGCAGCGUGGGUAGCGGAGGAGGACUACUUCAACAGUUCCCUGUCGCUGGCGGACAAGGGGAGUCUGCCCGCUGGAGAGCACAGCUUCCCCUUCCAGUUCCUGCUUCCUGCCACAGCACCCACGUCCUUUGAGGGUCCUUUUGGGAAGAUCGUGCACCAGGUGAGGGCCGCCAUCCACACGCCACGGUUUUCCAAGGAUCACAAGUGCAGCCUCGUGUUCUAUAUCUUGAGCCCCCUGAAUCUGAACAGCAUCCCAGACAUUGAGCAACCCAAUGUGGCCUCUGCCACCAAGAAGUUCUCCUACAAGCUGGUGAAGACAGGCAGCGUGGUCCUCACAGCCAGCACUGAUCUCCGCGGCUAUGUGGUGGGACAGGCACUGCAGCUGCACGCCGACAUUGAGAACCAAUCGGGCAAGGACACCAGCCCUGUGGUGGCCAGUCUGCUGCAGAAAGUGUCCUAUAAGGCCAAGCGCUGGAUCCACGACAUACGGACCAUUGCGGAGGUGGAGGGUGCAGGCGUCAAGGCCUGGCGGCGGGCACAGUGGCAUGAGCAGAUCCUGGUGCCUGCUUUGCCCCAGUCGGCCCUGCCAGGCUGCAGCCUCAUCCACAUCGACUACUACUUACAGGUCUCUCUGAAGGCACCGGAAGCUACUGUGACCCUCCCGGUCUUCAUUGGCAAUAUUGCUGUGAACCAUGCCCCACUGAGCCCCCGGCCAGGCCCAGGGCUGCCUCCCUGGGCCCCACCCCUGGUGGUGCCUUCUGCACCACCCCAGGAAGAGGCUGAGGCUGCGGCUGGCGGCCCCCACUUCUUGGACCCGGUCUCCCUCUCCACCAAGAGCCAUUCGCAGCAGCAGCCCCUGCUGGCCACCUUGGGUUCUGUGCCUGGUGCCCCCGAGCCCUGUCCUCAGGAUGGCAGCCCUGCCUCAUACCCGCUGCGGCCUCCCUUGUGCAUUUCAACAGGUGCCACUGUCCCCUACUUUGCAGAGGGCUCUGGGGGGCCAGUGCCUACCACCAGCACCUUGAUUCUUCCUCCAGAGUACAGCUCUUGGGGCUACCCCUAUGGUGAGUCGAGGGCCAGGGCUUGGCAGGGAGGGGACGCCAGGAGCCCCAUGCAGACCCUGCUUUCUCCCCGCAGAGGCCCCACCGUCCUAUGAGCAGAGCUGCGGCGGCGUGGACCCCAGCCUGACCCCUGAGAGCUGACCCCGUGCUGCCUUCUCCAGGCAGGCCUGGCCUCUGCCCUGGGACUGGGGCGCCCAGGGCCUCGUGCCUUCUCUCUCGGCCUGGCCUGGCCCACUCAGGACCUGCCCAGCCUCUGCCAGCUCCUCUGGCAUCCACCCUCUUCUCCCUGGGGCUGGGGUGGGGGUGGCAGGGAGCUGGGACCUAGAGAGAUGCCUCCUGUAAAUAAAACGGUUUAUUUGUAG